AUGCUCGUGGCUGCUUCCGUCGUCUUCCUUUACUACACCAUCUGGGCUCUGUUGAUGCCCUUUGUCGAUGCCGACCACCCGCUCCAGAACUUCUUCCCGCCGCGCGUCUGGGCCAUCCGCAUCCCCGUCAUCCUCAUCCUGCUGGGCUCGGCCGUUGUCGGCACGUUCCUUAGCAUCGUCAUGAUCCGCAGCAACCGCAAGAAGUCGUCCAAGGCGAAGGCGGCUGCCGCCAAGAAGAAGGCGUAA